AUGCCAGACCUCUCACAAAACAUCUCGGUGCGCAUCCUCAAGGCGGCCGAGGUCGGACGGUAUGGCGUCCCCGGCGUGGUCUGCUAUAACCUCGAGGCCAUCAUCGCAUGCCGCAAGGCAGCCGAGGCCAAGAACUCGCCCUGCCAGAUCCUGCUGUUCCCCUGGGCGCAAGAGUACGCGUACGACAACAUGGUGAAUCUGGCCGCGGAUGUGUGCCGGAGCGCCAAGGUGCCCAUGUCACUGCACCUGGACCACGCCCAGAGCGAGGAGGCCAUCAAGCGGGCGGCCCAGACGGGCAAGUUCGACAGCAUCAUGGUCGACAUGUCGCACUACGAAAAGGAGGAGAACCUCGCCCGCACGACCGAGCUGGUCAAAUACUGCCACGACCUGGGCAUCGCCACCGAGGCCGAGCCCGGCCGGAUCAACGGCGGCGAGGCCGGCGUGCAGGACACGGGCGACCUCGAGGGCAUCCUGACCACCCCGGAAGAGGCGCUGCAGUUCAUCAACACGGGCAUCGACUUCCUGGCCCCGGCCAUCGGCAAUGUGCACGGGCCGUACCACGGCGUCGAGAACAUCAAGCUGGACUUUCCGCGCCUGGCCUCCAUCCAAGAAGCCUCGCGUGGCAAGGUCACGCUCGUCAUGCACGGCACCAACGAGUUCACCGCCGACAUCUUCAAGCAGUGCGUCGACGCCGGCAUGACCCGCUUGAACGUGAACCAGAUCGUCCUGUGGAAGUACGAGGAAUACGCCCGCCAGAAGGCCGGCCGGACCCCGCUAACCGAGUUCAUGGAGGACGGCACCAAGUUGAUCCAGGAGAGGAUCGAAUGGAUGAUGGAUGCCGUGGGGAGCACUGGUAAAGCAGGAGACGUGAAAAUAUGA